AUGGCAAACUCAUCCUCGUCAAGAACCCCCAUCGCUCCCCGGCGCGUGGCGAUGCAAUCGGACGCGCUACCCUUAUCCAUUCGAAUACGCAUCUGGGCCAGCCAGUACCUCUACCCUGGCAGAAAUCGAGGUGGAUCAGGGAACAUCGUCCGCCUGCCGUUUAAGAAGGUCAUCAAGCUGAACACCACGCGGAACGAGGUAGAAGCAAUGGAGUUUGUCCGCAACCAUACGUCGGUGCCUUUACCCAAGCUGUACGAGGUGUAUGAGCGGCCUGAUGGUGCCGUCCAUAUUGUCAUGGAAGCACUUCCAGGCAGUGGCACCGAUUACACGAACAUGAGCCCAGAACAAGUCCACGCGUUUGGCGAUGAGCUCUCUGGCUAUCUUCACCAACUGCGAAACCUCGAACCACCUGGGAAGGGCUUCGUCGGAUCAGUGAAUCGAGAAUCUUUACUGGACCAUCGGGUCGGCCAUCUUCGCUUUGGGCCUUUCCAUAGUGUGGACGACUUUCAUUCGUAUCUGCGCCUUGGUGGGCCUCUUGAUACAUGGAUGUACGAUCCAGUGGUCAAGGCAAUACAUGGAAGAUCAGGCACGUACCGCGUCAGAUUCACUCAUGCUGAUCUCAACCCGAGCAACAUUCAAUACCACAAUGGGCGGAUCACGGGCAUCAUCGAUUGGGAAUUCGCAGGCUGGUACCCUGAAUACUGGGAGUACACUAAGAUGUGGUUUGCCGAUCGUCCCGUGUAUCGGAAGUUCUUCGAGGCCAUCGAAGCCAACGUGACUAUCGAGAAGUAUCCUGAAGAGCUCAAAGCUGAGCAAGACAUUUGGCAGCGUCUUAGUCCCUGGGCUUAUGAUGACUUCUUCGAACGGCCAGAGAACGCUGCCGCGUUCCUCAAGUCCAUAAGUGGCGCCAGGUCAGCUCUGAGAGGACACGAUUAG